UACAUCCAACUAAACCCUAGAUUCCUCUCAACCAACUGCCACUUAAAACCCUAGCCGCCACUAUAGUAACAUCUUUUAAUCCUUUGUUAUCUUUUGACUAUUAACAACUUACUAUGGUUUAACUGUAUGUGGCAGCAACUAUGCUAGAUGUUGCUGAUCUUCAACAACUCUUAAAUAUACUAUUAAAAUUUUAAUCUUCUAAUUUAAAGUUUCAGAGUUCCUUCCAAAGAUACCAUGGCAUCACUAUGCACAGCUACAAUAAUCCUGUCGCUGAUAGCACUUGCCUUGCUCUCAAGCUGGUACUCAAGCUGGUCCUCAAGCAUAUUCGAAGACUCUGUUCAAAACGCCGCACAAACAGUUAUUGACAGGUUUUCCAGACCACGCUCCACAAUCUGGCUAAGUUUAGAUGGACGUCUAUAUCAUCGCCACUUCAACCCAGCCGCAGCAUGUGGGUAUCCAUUUGUUAAAUUGCGAUGAUUGUGCUCGGUCAGAGAGACCAUGGCAGUGUUGUUGGUGGCGGAUCCAGAUCCUCUGAGACUGACUUUGUUGCAGCGCUCUCCCUAUGAGAGAAUUACACACGCCGAGCGCUUUCUGACUGUGGAUCAGGUAACCUUAUCGACGACUGCUGGAGAUGUGACCAUCGAUGGAAGGAGAACCGACAAGAGCUUGCGAAUUGCGCACUUGGGUUCGGCAAAAAUUCUGCAGGGGGGAUGAAUGGCGAAGUUAAUAUCGUCACGGACAACAGUGACGAUGAUGCGAUUAACCCUGCAACUGGCACACUCAGAUGGGGAUUGAUUCAAACAGAGCCACUCUAAAUUGUGUUCUCCGGCAACAUGAACAUUGAGCUGAAGGAGGAGCUUCUGAUGAACAGCCACAAGACCCUCGACGGGCGAGGUGCAGAUGUGCACAUCGCUGGAGGAGCUUGCCUUACCGCCGAGAAUGUGAGCAACAUCACAAUUCACGGCAUUUCCAUCCACGAUUGCAAGCCUACUGGCCCCGCGGAUAUGAGGCUUUCUCCCGACCACAUCAGAGAUAGGGGCAGGACCGAUGGAGACGCAGUGACAAUCCGUGGUUCUCGGGACAUCUGGUUAGAUCACAAUCACCUCUACAAUUCAGCCGAUGGAUUGGUACACGUAGUAGAGGGAUCCAAGGGAAUCACGAUCUCCAACAACUAUUUUAUCAAUCACAACAAGGUGAUGCUCUUCGGAGCUAACGCUGCGGACAUCAUCGACAUUGCAAUGCAGGUCACGGUUGCUUUCAAUCACUUUGGGGAGGGCCUGACCCAACGCAUUCCGAGGUGAGUCGCCACUUCUACCUCAAACCCGAUCAUCUCAACUACAGUGUCGUGCAACUUGAAUCGGAUAAUCUGACCUCCGUCCCUUCCAAGCUUUCUGUUGCGACGGAUAAUCGUUGUUACUCUUGUAGAUGCCGAUAUGGGUGAUUUCAUGUAGUCAACAACUACUACACCGGGUGGGCAAUGUACGCCAUUGGGGGGGGGAGUCCUACCAUCAACAGCAAGGGUAAUAAGUUCAUGGCAGGCAACACCAAGGAGGUCACCAAGUGCAUUUCUAGUAAUGGCAACACGAAUGACGGAGGGGAGAAUUGGAACUGGCGAAGCGUGGAUGAUGUGUUUCACAACGGCGCUUUCUUCGUCACCUCGGGGUUAAAAGACUCCACUAGCUUCUAUUCCAAGGCCACCAGCUUCGCGGCUCGCCCUGCAGUAAUGGUGGCCGGCAUGACCAUCGACGCAGGACCCCUUAUCACACCGUAGCAAUCUCACAUUACCGCACUCAUGGCACUUAUUACUUUAGCUAGACAAAUCAUCGAUCUCAUCUUCACAAUCUGGGAUAAGAAGGUCUAUCAAUCUUCUUGUGCGUUUUAAGAAGAGUUGGCAUCACGUUGAGAAGCUGCAACAGGAGCAGUGUUCCGCAUGUGUGGACUUCGGCUGGUCCAAUCUAAACCCUCGUGUGCUACACCAUUAGUGCCAUGACUAUAAUCUGCACAGUAGUUUAGUCAAGUUCUUUUGCCGACCUGACAGAUUACGUCGAUGUUGGAGUUGCGCCAGACGGUGUUAUGAAUCACCAGCUUCUCAAAAAUAAUCACUUAUAAGAAUCGUGCUCGGGUAACAGUUCGAUUUGUAGAUCUGAUUGGGAUUCCAAGUUUCCAAUUGACGAUCUGCUGUUGUGCUGGGGCUUUCAAUCGAGCGGUUUGGUCGUUUUCGGUGGAGUCUGCUUUGGCAGAUCUAGUUGCAAUAAUCUAGGCACUCUACAAUAGCUUCCGUUCCAUGCACCAAUUGCCAUGUCUAAUCAAUAAACCGAAAACUCAAUUCUCAUAAUCGUAUCCACAUUGUCACAAAGUUCUUGGGAAACUGAAUGCUCAGGACAACCCAAGCCUACACUGGUGCUCUGUAUUCUUCUACAUUCUGGGCGUCUCUAGCUAGGGGAAUU